AUGGCAACGUCGUCUAUCUGCCGCCGGCGAUCUCUCAGUCCCCGACGACACCUGACGACGUCUCCGGCUAGCUUCAUCCUUCUUCCUCUUUUUUCAAAGAAAAGGUUUGCUUUUGCUUUUCACCGCGAUAGUUGUUCUAAAUGAGAUUUAUUCGCCUGUUUGAGAUCUCGUGAAACUUCUUUCUGAACAGUUAACCAAGGGUAUCUUUUCGCCUUUACUUUUGAAGAAAUAAGUUUAUAGUUUGAUCUCACCUGUCAGCUGCUGUUUGACAUAGCCGUUAUAAAUCUAAACUUUUUUCUUACCUGACAGGUAGACUCAACUUCAUAAAGGAAAAAAACUUUUUGCAUAUACUUUUCAAAUUUUGAUAGAAGGUCAAAAAUUCUCGGUUUGAAGCAUUCUUCAAUUUUUUUUUUUUUCACAUUUUCGGACAUAUCCUUAUCAUUGCAACUUGACUACCUUCUUUUUCUACUUCUGCGAGAGAUGAGAGAGAGUAGACGAGUCAGACAGUUUCUCAAGUCUUGGAGAACGCCUUAUAGAGCUACUUGUUCGAAAUCCAAAUAAAUUUCAGAAAACAAGGAUGCCAACAAGUUAAAGGACCAUGUGGUGCUACCAGAACGACAGAUGCAAGGACAAUUUCAAGGUUUCUUUUCAAAUUCGAUUUCAUCAAAUAAUUGCUUGACAGAAGUCGUUCCGGCUUCUCAAAGGCUGUGCUUCGGAACGAUUAUCGGCCCUCGUUGUCGUCCUGUUGUUGGCCAUCGUCAGCUACACGUUGUAUGAAGUUCAGUACAAAACGGGCAUCGAAAUCGUCCCGUUUCUGCCGAUUGACGACAGCGGAUUCGAGUUUGCCCGCUUUAAAAGUGCUCCUCAUUUCUUGAGAUUCAGAACCUACAACGAGAAGCUUCUGAAUGACGUCGUCACUUCGAAAGCGGCCCAGAAUCAACUUCCUAGAGGGAGCUUGAUGUGUUGGGUCAUGACAACUUCUAUCUAUCAUAAGACGAGGGUCUAAGAAGCUCUGAAAUCUUCAAACCCUCAAACUUUCCAGGUGAACGCCGUGAACUCCACCUGGCUUCCCCGCUGCGAUUCCUCCCACAUUUUAACAAAUUCUCCCAGAUUUCUUGACGACCAGAUUCCUUACCACACCGUCUUCAACUCACUUCCAGAAAGUUAUUACAAACUUUUCUGGAAAACCCGAUUGGCCCUGCUGUAUGUCUACCAGAAUGUCUCUUCGGAGUUCGAUUGGUAGGAAAUAACCCAGGGAGAAGCUUUGAAAAACACCUUCAAGGUAUUUCAAAGCCGACGAUGACACUUACGUGAUCGUCGAUAAUCUACGCAAGUACUUGGCUCGAUUCGACCCCGAGAAGCCUUAUUUCAUCGGCUAUCGAUUGAAGCGGAGAAUGGCGAGUUGAUAUUCUCCGAAUUUUGAAGACUCAGUUGAUUUCAGCCGAACAACGGGUACAACGCCGGAGGCAGCGGUUACGCGAUGAGCCGAGCAGCCAUGCGGAUUUUCGCCGAGAAACUUUUUCACGACAAGAGCCUCUGUCCUUAUCACGAGUGGGAGGACUACGCUAUCGCGAGGUGAGAUUUUUUCAGAGAAUGUAAUUAACAUGGCCUUCAUUGGUUCAAAAACGGUUAAAAUUGACUACACUGGAAAGUUUUAAGUAAGCACUUUAGGGUUUUUACGUUUUAGUAACCUCUUUAGUGGCAAAAAUCGAGUGAACUCUUUAGAAGCCUAAACGGUACUACUAAACAACCGAAAAAUGCUAUAGUGGCCACUAAGACGCGAAAUAGUGGCUUCUUUAGAGAUUGUUUUAGCGGCCAUUGUAGUAGUCGAAUUAGUGGCCUGGUCUUUAGUGGCUGAAAUCUAGUAGCUUCUUUGGAAGUCUAGACGGUAAUAUUAGAUAACGGACAACUACUAUAGUGGCCACUAAGACGCAGAAUAGUGACUUCCUCUUUAGUGGCUGAAAUCUAGUAGCUUCUUUGGAAGUCUAAACGGUACUACUAGAAAACUACUAUAGUGGCCACUAAGACGCAAAGUACAGUGGUGGUUUUAGUGCCCACUGUAGUGUUCUCUCCAAGUAGCCUUCGAGGAACCUCUUAAGUUGCCACUAGAGUCUUUUCCCCUAACUAAUGCUUCUAUAAUUGGAGAUGCCUGGCUUCGAUGAACAUCUACCCGCUGGACAGCCGAGAUGAGCUGGGCCGUCAACGUUUCCUACCUUGGAGACCUGAGCAGCACUUCCACGCCGAUUUGACGCCUUCUUUCCUCAUGGAUCCGAUCCAGUUCUGGGUUAGUACUUCAAGAGAGCGUGAUGGGAGAUUUUUAUUUUUCAGAUAUUUUCAUAUCUGUAAAAUCAUCGUUUUCAUGGCACUUCUUUACACCCUUAAAGUGACCACUUCUUUCACGCUACCCUAAUUUUUCCAGGGCCCAUCAAUCUUUCAUGAGAACCUGGUGAGCAUGCACCAUCUAAAACCUGACGAAAUGCGACUCAUCGACGGCCUACUCUACGGCGUUUCUCAAGGCAUCUGGAAGCCCCAAAAAGCCCCGAACAGCUCGACCUCGUUGGUCAACAGCACCGAAGCAUCGCCCAUGGAGGACACCAUUCAGCCGCCAACAGUUUCAUUUUAA